AUGAUAAAGUUGAAAGAUCUAUCGGAAUUGUUAGCUCUCUACAAUCAUACCUACUUCGUUGACGUUGCGUCCAGCGGCACCACCAGUCACCGGCGCCGAUUCCGUACCAGAAUAAGGACAACGACGGGCGGCACCUCGUCACCCGGUACCUAUGAGUGUCACAAGUGCCGCAAGAUCUACAAGUGGUACCGCGGGUUACACAGGCAUCUUGAGUACGAGUGUGGCAAGACGCCGCGCUUCAAGUGCCCGCACUGUGUUUACAUCGAUCCGUACCUGAAGUGGACCCUGCAGCGCUCUCUUAACAUCGAUUACGGCCAGAACAUUCUGCCACGCCAUCAAUGUCCGAAAUGUCAUCGCAGUUAUAAACAUCGUAGUCACAUGAUGCGGCAUUACAGAUACGAGUGCGGCAUACCGCAGCGAUUUGAAUGUCCGUACUGCAAGCAUCACUUGCGACAGCGUACGCACGUGUGGACGCACAUACGCACGUUCCAUCCGGAUCGUGAACUUUACUGCAUCGAUAUUGUCACCAACUCGAGGCUGUGUUGGCAGGAACCUCGAAGGUUCCACGUGGUGUCGCCGUUCGGACCGAACAUGAUCUGCAAGUAUCAACCGGGAACGGACAGCAAGCUCAAUUCUGAGAAUAAGAAAAGGAUACGUUCGCGCAAGGUCAGCACCGACAACAUGAAGCCGUUCCAGUGCCAAAAAUGCGGUCGUGGUUUCACCUUGAAGAGAAACAAGGACCGCCACGUAAAUUACGAGUGCGGACACGAGCCGAGGUUUCAGUGCCCCUAUUGCGGACUCCGCAGCAAGCAAACGUCACCAGUUUAUGCCCACAUCAGAAAGAAACACCCGGAAGAGGAAGUCUUUAUCUUCGAUAUGAAGCUCUGA